GCCUGAGCCCCGGUGCCGGCUGUGGGCGAACGGGAGCGGAAUCGGGGCCGCAGUCACAGCCCGAGCCCGAUCCCCAGCCCACACCCCGGGCUCCAUUUCACCCAGCUCCCCGGCCUCGGGCUGCACACACCCCGGCCCCGGCUCCGGCUCAGAGCCCCGGGCUCACCCGGGACACGGGAGCCCCGAAGGCCGGCGCAGACCCCGAGAGCCCGGCCCCGGGAGGCCGGAGAUACCGGCCCUCCCCCCUCCCCCCAGCCCGGUCCCCGGUCCCCGGUCCCCCGGGGCCGGGCCCGGCCUCUUGGCCGCGAUGCUGCCGGAGCCCGAGUGCCGAGUUCUGUCCAUCCAGAGUCACGUCGUCCGCGGCUUCGUGGGAAACAAAUCGGCCGCUUUCCCGCUGCAGGUGUUGGGAUUCGAGGUGGAUUUAGUGAACUCUGUUCAGUUCUCCAAUCAUACAGGAUAUGAGCACUGGAAGGGACAAACCAUGACAGCAGAGGAGCUCCAGACACUAUAUGAAGGGCUCAAACUAAAUGAUGUGACUCGCUACGAUUAUGUACUGACAGGUUACACCAGAGACACUUCAUUUCUGGAUAAGGUGAUGGAAAUUAUUCAGGAGCUGAGGAGACAGAACCCCAAGCUGGUUUAUGUUUGUGACCCAGUGAUGGGCGAUAAGAGGAAUGGAGAUGGAUACAUGUAUGUUCCAGAAAAUCUUCUUCCAGUUUACAAAGAGAAAGUGGUCCCCCUCGCUGACAUCAUCACUCCAAACCAAUAUGAGGCAGAAAUUCUUGCAGGAAGGAAGAUGAACACUGAGAAGGAGGCAAUUGAGGUUAUGGAUGUCCUCCAUGCAAUGGGUCCUGACACUGUGGUGAUCACAAGCUCCGAUCUUCCCUCUGCUUUCGGGGACAAGUACCUAGUGACUCUUGGCAGCCAGAGGAAGGUGAUGGCAGGCGGUUCACAAGUGAUGGAGCGAAUUCGAAUGGAGAUACCGAAGGUGGAUGCUGUGUUUGUGGGGACGGGUGAUUUAUUUGCAGCUAUGCUUCUGGCUUGGACACAUCAGCACCCCAAUAACCUCAAGAUUGCCUGUGAGAAGACAGUCUCCGCUCUUCAGCACAUUGUGACCCGGACGAUCUCCAAUGCCAAAGCUAUGGCCGGUCCGUUUAAGAAGCCGAGUGCAGCACAGUUGGAGCUGCGAGUGGUGCAGAGCAAGAAACAGAUUGAAAACCCUGAGAUCAUAAUCCAUGCAACUACCAUAUAAGCCAUCGUGACUGCUCGGCGCUGCACCUGUGUAGCCAUUUUAAGCACUCCUAACCUAUGGCACCAGCUGUAAGACCUGUCACAACUGGAAAGGUUUGUCCCAGAGUAUGAGAGAGAGCGUGAGGAUCUGAGAAUUCUCAGUGUGUGUGGAUGAAACUCUCCAGUGUGCUUGCCUCAGGCAGGGAGGGAUUGACUCUAAGCCCCCACCCUGCUGUCAAUCUCUCCCUGCGGGAAUGCUACAUGGGAGCUGUGUAUUUGCAGCCACGCCAACAUCUCAAAACAACUGCCCAUCUGGUUUUUGCCUGAUGUGCCAGCCGAUGUGGAGAGACUCCCUCUGUGCAGUUGGGAGUGGGAGGACAGAGAGAAGGCAUCACUGAUGGGCUGGGAAUGCUGCAAAUUGUUGAGCUUUUGUGAAGGAUGGACGUGCAAUUGAUGGGCACACAACUACAGGAAAUUUUACUGAACAAUUAAUGAUGAUUGACCAGUAUUUUUAUAAUAAGUCACUGAGUUAAUCCUGGGCUCUCUGGUCCAUUGACACUGAUCUGCACAAUUCCCUGAUGCUGAAUGGGUUACCAUGUGCUUGAGUCAUGUGUGGCUGGAGGCAGUAAAUCUUUGACCUUUAGCCUGUGAUUCUGGCCCAAAUCUUGUCUAAUAAUUCCCUUUCAUUUUCAUGUCAAAUGGUUUGAAGUUGCUGAUUGGCUGAUUUGGUAGUUUGCACACAGGUGGUGCUAUCGUUUCUCGGUUUUAAUUGGAUCUAUAAACUUACAUAGGAUACUGCAGACAGAAACAAGCCAAAUGGCCCAUCCCAUCCACACCGGUGUUUAUGCUCCACUUGAGCCGCCUCCUAUUUUUCCUCCUCUAAAUCUAUCAGCCUAACCCUCUAUUCUGUUCUCCCUCACAACCUUGUCCAGUUUCCCCUUAAAUGCUCCCCUUACAUAUUCUGUAUCGAACCCCGUGCUGUACUCUUCAUUUCAACCACUCCCUUGGUGGUGAGUUCCACAUUCUCACCACUCUCUGAGUAAAGAAG